CUUGCGUGGACGCGGUGCGAAAUUAGAAUAUCGCAUCUGCCUAAUUUCGGAUUUGUUCACAGAGAAGCUAUGAGUCCGUCCAGAUCAACGAGCACUUCAUAAUACCGCAUCGAGCGAUGCGAUAAGGAGAUUGAGUAAUUCGACAUUCCAAUGUUCGAAAGUUCUUACGUCACCUAAUUUUCUAACGGAAAUCGUGCUUUUCUACAUUUCUCUUCAUAGUGCGGUCUCGUGUUCCAGAACCAACGUCGACAUGUCAUAAUGUGUGUAACGUGCUUUAAAUUGAAUAUUAAAAACAGAGAGAUUCAGUCGAGAAUCUCUUUAUAUUUCUGUGCUGCGAACGUGUGGGUAUGUUUGAGUAUCGCACGCGCGUCAUUCGUAUUACCGUAUCUUUAUCUAACAUAAAGAUUUCGCGUUAUCGGUUUUCCCAUGUCUUCCCACGGAGCGUUUUCUUAUCUGCUGCGUCAAUCCCGCGCUGUUUUUCUCCCUUUUAUGGCUGUUGAAGUGGAACAAUGUGACAGAAUAUCGUGUCUUUUCUGAGGCCUCCUGGCGGCGGCGGCGGAGUAGAAGAAAGAGCUGCAGGAAACAAGGGGAAGACUGCUCGAGAAAGGAAAAGAGCCUAUUGUUAGGUGUUGCAAAUGUUGAAGCCACGUUGAAGACCUUCGCAGUAGAAGUCGAGAUGUUGUGAUGGCUGGUAGAUCGCGACGUUCGAGCACAGAGCUCGAACCAGAUCUAUCGACGCCAACGGCCCCGAAGAAAUCCAGGCAGUCUGAAACGUCACCCGGAAAAUCGGCCGCGGAAGAGGACCCAACGAAAUUAGAAGGCGCCGAGACACCGUCUAAGAGCGAGAUCUCCUCGCGGACGGGAGUCGUUCAGGAAAAGGGGAAACAUCUCGGGGAAACCGCUGAAUCCGCGGAAGCGUCGAGACAAUCGAUCGGUGAGACGUCAUCGGGCUCGGCUGAAACAAGUCUGGAGCUGUUCGAACAAAAGACAAGCUCCGCAACGACUUCCGCAGCGACCUCCGCAACGGAACCGACUCCGGGUUCGUCGAAGGAAGAACAGUUCGGCACAUUGAAAUCCGUUGUAAUGAAGUACAGUAAUCAACGCGAGCUCCCUGGUUCCCCCGGCAAAACAUCCGAGACGACCAUUCAGAUUCAAACAUCCUUGCUGGGCGAGCAUGCAUCGUACGAGGAGCUGUCCCUUAUCGGGAACGGCGCUUACGGCACAGUGUACAAAGCGAAAGACAAGGCUAGCGGUCAAAUUGUAGCGCUUAAGAAAGUCAGGGUGCCUCUGACGGAAGACGGUCUGCCUAUGUCCACGCUGAGAGAAAUCGCUACUCUGAAGCAGCUCGAACGAUUUGAACACCCGCACAUCGUCAGGUUGUUGGAUGUUUGUCAAGGAAGUUACCUUGACUUACCCUCCGGCGAACGGUCCGGAAGGUUGGAUCGUGGCCUCACCCUGUGGCUGGUGUUCGAACAUGUGGAGAGAGAUCUUGCUUCUUACAUAACUAACUGUCCGCAGACAGGUAUCCCUCCGUAUCUCGUCAGGCAAAUGUCAAAGGAGAUACUUUGUGGAGUAGAGUUCCUACAUAGCCAUAGAAUAAUACAUAGGGAUUUAAAGCCUCAGAAUCUUCUGGUGACGCGGGAUGGAAGAAUCAAGAUCGCAGAUUUCGGUCUGGCUAAGACUUAUGACUUCGAGAUGAAACUAACCUCUGUCGUCGUAACUCAGUGGUAUCGAGCACCUGAAGUACUCUUGGGAUGUUCCUAUGCUACACCCGUAGAUAUUUGGUCUGUCGGAUGUAUCAUGGCGGAACUUUACAAAUUGGAGCCAUUAUUCCCGGGUACCAGCGAGGGAGAUCAAUUGGACAGGAUCUUUAAAGUUGUAGGUACUCCAUCGCAGCAAGCAUGGCCAGAAAACGUAUCAGUCAGUUGGACAGCUUUCCCUCACAGGCCACCUAUACCUCUUGGUGCAAUAAUACCAGAUCUAGAUGAACAUGGACUAGAUCUAUUAAAGAGUAUGCUCAUGUUUGAUCCUCAUAGUCGUAUAACCGCAGCUCAAGCUGUAAGACACCGAUACUUUUCUGAAGAUGACGCGUGAUGACUCUUCUGUAAGUUAUCUAUUUACCGCUAGGUAACCUAGCAAACAUUCAGACUGACAUAAUUGUAUUUUGAAAUAGGAAUAUAUAUAUAUAUAUAUAUAUAUACAUAUAUAUAUAUAUAUAUAUAUGACAUAUAUAUAUAUGACAUUUAAGCACAAUAAUAGUCUGUAAAACAAAGUUCUAAGUACAGCAUUAUACAUGUAUACUAGGAACAUGUCAGAAUUUUUACUCUCUAAUUCGAGUAUUAAGAUUCACUUAUGCUUGCAAACUUGAGUUUAGAUUCGGAUUUAGAUUCAAUUGACUGUUAAAAUCAGUGGCUAAAUUUGUUGUGUCGAAAUUAAAUAUGUUUUCGUAGUUUACUAUACACGUACGCCCGCACUAUUUUUACAUUGUUGGUCCUGUAGAGCAAAUUUGUUAACAUUAAAUCGUAAUAAUCGUAAAUAAUUCUGCGAAACAAACCUGUAAUAUUUAAGUUAACUUAUCCUAUACUUUAAUGUAUAAU